AUGCUUGCUAAAUCGGCUCGAGAGGCUAGAAAAGCCGCUUCCAGGCAUGCUGCUGAGAAGAGGGCUGCUGAGAGGGCUGCUGCUAAAGCUGCUGCUGCGACAAAGGCACGAGCAUCUGCCAGCCCUGUCAUAAUAGACAGCGAUGAUAAGGGCGAUGAUGCUAGAGAGGCUGAGAACCCUGAAAUCGUCGAGAUUACUACUCCAGCAGAGGUCCAUAUCAACUGGCAUUACCCUGUUCAUCGAUGCGCACAGUUUCGAAGGAUCUCGCCUUCAGAAAUGCUUACGAAGAGAAUUACCAUGAGGAGAAGCAAUAGUACUGUUCGAGGCAACCAGAUCCAUUGCAACGAGAUGAUGAGCAACGAUUUCCAGAGUGCUGCGCAACAAAUCAGCGAUAUUCUGCUCAACAGAAAGAACCUUUAUUGCCUCAUCAUUAUAUAUACCUUCAAUCUCGAGAUUAGCAGCAGCAGAUAUAUCCCUCAUGCUCUAUUGCGAGAACUUCCUUCAAUUGCUAUCGAAGCGGGGGCUAGCGAGUUUGAUGAUCUCUUUACGCCUGCCAGCACAACAAUACGAGCGCUCCAGAUGCCAGGAACUGCUCGCCCGCACUCGAAAGCCUUGAGUAUGCAUAAGCAGAUCAAUGCUGAGAUUGCUAGCUAG